AUGCCAACAACUAUUGGACAAGGACUCUAUCAUAAUCGUAUUGGAUUAAUGUCCAAUAAACAACAACAACAACAUCUACCAGUAACGUCCUCAUCAAUAGGACAACAACAGCAACGACGAAUAACACCAUUAAAUGCGAUGGAACAUCAUCAACAAUCUUCUCAGCGACGACCACUUUCUUGGUUCCAAAAUCGUACUCGACGUCCUUCAUCCGGUGAUGAAAUUGAUUCUGAUCGUGAUUCAUCUCCACCAUCAUAUUCCAUAAGUAGUAAUGAUAAUUUAGGUCCAACACGUCGUUCAACACGUGUACCAAAACCAAAACAAGAUGCUGAUUUUGUAACAUUUCCAUUAUUGGAUCGUGAUGAACAUGGAAAUCAAAUUCCUCCUACACCAUCAUCAAUGCCAUUGAAUAAAGCUGAAGAUGAUGAAGAUGAUAUACCUUAUCGUUUAAUGGAUUAUCCACGUCCACCUCAACAAUCUCAAUCAUCAUCGACAACUUCUCCAACAACAUUAGCCGGUCCAGGAAGAAAACCACGUACAGUAGCUGAAAUGCGUGCAGCAACAAUUUCAAAUAAAAAACAACCACGUUGGCCAGAUGAUGAAUUAUAUCAUGUUAAAUCAUUUGUACCGCUUAUCAUGCCACAACAAAUGGCAAAUCCAUCAAUAAUGAGAAAUAAAAUGACAAUGUGUAAACCAUUAGUAUGUGAACGAGAAGUUGAAGCUAAACCAACAAGAUUUACUAUUGCAACACAAACAGAAAUGGAACAUAUGAUUCCAGAUGUACCUUUAGUUACAUUACCUGUACCAAUUUAUCUUCCAUCACCAACACCAAGUUAUCAAUUAUUUCAACCAAAAGCAGUACCAAUUCCAGUGCCUGUUUUUGUACCAAUUAUGAUACCAGUGCCAAGAAAAGCUUAUAAAAAUAUUCGUGACUAUCUUCAAAAACAACGUGAUCUAUUACCAGAUGAUCCAUAUGAAGCAGCACUUGUUAUGCAUGCUGAA